GCUCGAGCAUGCGCACAUGCGAUAUUUUGAGACCGCGCUUCCCGCCCUGGAUGAGCUUGUUGUCAAAGCUUACGCCAGCAGGGGUACCGCGUUGCGGGGCUGUCCCACCUUUAUUUUCUGUCUGAACGGAAAGAAAUAAAAAAAAAAGAGGCUUUUUUUUUUUUUUUUUUUUUUCCCCGUCGGGAGAGGAAACUGGAGCUGGUUGGUGCCAUGGCGGUCAGUGUGGAGGAGCUGUACCGCUGUUACUGGGUCCUGGCUGAAGCCACAGACAAGAAUCUAGAGCAGCACCGGAAUGCAUACCAGAUGAUCCUCAAUGGAGUGAAAGGGGGUCCGAAGGAGAAGUGUUUGGCGGCUCAGUUCAUUCCCAAGUUCUUCCGGUGUUUCCCAGAGCUGGCGGACGCAGCCCUCAACACACAGCUGGACCUGUGUGAGGAUGAAGAUGUCUCGAUCCGACGACAGGCCAUCAAGGAGUUGCCUCAGUUUGCUGCAGGAGAGAAUCUGCCCAGGGUGGCUGACAUACUGACCCAGCUACUGCAGACAGAUGACGCUGCCGAAUUUAACCAAGUGAACGGUGCCUUGCUCUCCAUUUUCAAGACUGAUGCAAAGGGAACGCUGGGAGGUCUUUUCACACAGAUAUUGCAAGGUGAGGACAUUGUACGGGAGAGAGCCAUCAAGUUCUUGUCUUCCAAGCUUAAGACCUUGCCUGAGGAUAUCAUAACCAAAGAGGCGGAGGACUACAUCUUCACUGAGUCCAAGAAGGUAUUGGAGGAUGUUACAGGGGAGGAGUUUGUGCUGCUCAUGCAGAUCCUCUCUGGGCUGAAGAGCCUGAAGACUGUCAGUGGCCGACAGCAGCUGGUGGAGCUGGUGGCGGAUCAGGCCUUCCUGGAUCAGACACUGGACCCCUCUGACACCGACAGUGUGGACCGGCUGUUGCAGUGCACCCGCCAAGUGCUGCCCCUCUUCUCUAAAAAUGUUCACUCCACGCGCUUUGUGACACACUUCUGUUGUAAUGUCCUGCCCAGUCUCAGUAUGCUGACCAGCCCUGUGGCAGACCUGGACAUCCAGCUGGAGGUCCUUAAGCUAUUGGCUGAAAUGUCUCCCUUCUGUGGCGAUCAUGACAAAUUGGAGUCCAACUUGAUGAUUUUGUUUGGAAAGCUUUUGGAGUACAUGCCUGUUCCACCAGAGGGGGCAGAUAAUGGGAAUGUUGCAGUUGACAAGGAGCCAAAGCUGCAGUUCAGCUGUGUUGAGUGUCUCCUGUUCAGUUUCCAUCAACUAGGGAAGAAAAAACCAGACUUCCUCAUUCAUAAAGUCAACACAGAACAGUUGAAGGAUUUCAAGAUAAGGUUACAGUAUUUUGCCCGUGGAUUGCAAGUGUACAUCCGUCAGCUUCGGGCUGAUUUGCAGGGCAAGACUGGAGAUGCAUUAAAAACAGAGGAGAAUAAAAUAAAAGUUGUGGCUCUGAAGAUUACCAACAACAUCAGUGUUUUGAUUAAGGACCUCUUUCACAACCCACCUUCUUACAAGAGUUCUAUAUGUCUCUCCUGGAAACCAGUGCAAAAGACUGAAGCCACUGGUCAGAAGCGACCGUCUGGAGAGGAAAUAGGGGCUGGAGCUGAAAUGAAGACACGCUCUGCACUGCCUAAAAGGGAUGCACAACAGAUCUACAAUCCCCCCAGUGGAAAGUAUAGUGCCACCAUCAGCAACUUCCGCUUUGAAGAACAUGGCGGGUUCCACAGGGGCCGUGGAAGAGGCUGGGGAUUCCAAGGCAACAGAGGCAGAGGGAGAACCUACUGAACAGAUUCUCUAGAGGAUUUCACAAUAGAUGGAAUGCAUAAGACUCUGUCUUCACAGCUUUAUGAAUGUUCUUAUCUUUACAUGAUUAUUUCCUCAGAAGAAGUGGAAGAUAUCUGGAAAAUUACAAAUUUUGCAACAAAUUUUUUCUGCUUUGAAUUUUUUGAAUUGUGUGUGUAUAUACAUUAAGGAUUUUUGUAUGGGCUUAGAAUUAAAUUUCUGCAGCAUAAAAUAGGCUUUAUUAUGUUUGACU